UCUCACACGUCACUGUCGUGGAACCAAAACAAACCGUCUGACGUCACCUCUGUUGUUGUUGUUGUUGUUGUUGUUGUUCUCCUCCGGUAAAGCCCUCCACGUGGACUACUUGUUGAUGGUCGGUCCGUUCAUCUACCGGUGACGUCACGGCGACGGGAGAGCAGCAGCCAUGUCUCAGCAGAGAGGAGUCAACAGCCUGCAGUUCAACCAGGACCAGAGCUGUUUCUGCUGCGCGAUGGAGACGGGAGUCAGGAUCUACAACGUGGAGCCGCUGAUGGAGAAAGGUCACCUGGACCACGAGCAGGUGGGCAGUGUGGCCUCGUGCUCCAUGUUGCAUCGAUCAAACCUUCUGGCCGUCGUUGGAGGCGGAGUCAACCCCAAAUUCUCUGAAAUAUCUGUUCUGGUCUGGGACGACGCUCGGGAGUCUCGAGACCCAAAAGACAAACUGGUUCUGGAGUUCACCUUCACCAAACCCGUUCUGGCCGUUCGCAUGAGACACGACAAGAUCAUCAUCGUUCUAAAGAACAGGAUCUACGUUUACAGUUUCCCAGAUAAUCCCGUCAAACUGUUUGAGUUCGACACCAGAGAUAACCCCAAAGGUUUGUGUGAUUUGUGUCCCAGUCUGGAGAAGCAGCUGCUGGUGUUUCCGGGUCAUAAAUGCGGCAGCCUGCAGCUGGUUGAUUUGUCCAACACUAAACCCGGAACGUCGUCGGCUCCGUUCACCAUCAACGCCCAUCAGAGCGAGAUCGCCUGCGUGGCGUUGAACCAGCCGGGCAGCGUGGCGGCGUCGGCGUCUCGCAAAGGAACGCUGAUCCGUCUGUUCGACACGACGACCAGAGACAAGCUGGUGGAGCUGAGGCGAGGGACGGACCCCGCCACGCUCUACUGCAUCAACUUCAGCCACGACUCGUCCUUCCUGUGCGCCUCCAGUGAUAAAGGCACCGUCCACAUCUUCGCUCUCAAAGACACCAAACUCAACCGCCGCUCUGCUCUGGCGCGCGUGGGGAAGGUGGGCCCUGUGAUUGGUCAGUACGUGGACAGUCAGUGGUCGUUGGCCAGCUUCACCGUGCCGGCCGAGUGCGCCUGCAUCUGUGCUUUUGGGAAGAACACGUCCAAGAACGUCAACUCCGUCAUCGCGAUCUGUGUGGACGGGACGUUCCAUAAAUACGUGUUCACUCCGGACGGAAACUGUAACCGAGAAGCCUUCGACGUUUAUCUGGACAUUUGUGACGAUGACGACUUCUGAGGACGCUUAAUGAAGACGUGAGGAUGAAGAGGAGGGAACACGAGGACGUGUGAUUAUUGUUUUAUCAUCGUGUCUCCAGUGUGUAGCGGUGUGAACAUCAGUACAGUUUUCUUUUAACCUGAAACUUGAUCACGAGUCUGAAACCUUCACGUGAUGAAGAGAAAAGAGAGAGAGACGACAAGUUAAAGUCUCAUCAAAAUUCAUUUUUGAUAAGAAAUCUGUAUUUACAUCCCUGGUGUUUGUUUUAAUUAUCUUUAUGCAGUCAAAGCAUUACAUGCAUAAAUGUUGUAAAAAGGA